CUAAGCAAUCCCUGACACAAGUGUCUUAAACACCUAGGCGGCCAGGCCACACUCCUCUCCUCCACUCCACUCCACUACACACACAAACACACACACCUCUUCUCUCUCUGAUCCGAUCAAUCAAAGCACAGAAAUGAGCACAACAGACUCUCCCCUCCCAUACAUAAACCCCCACCUCUCCUCCUCCUCCCCCAUCCCCGUCUCCGACACCGACAGCUACCUCAUCGACUCCACCGCCUCCGGGAGCAACAGCUUCCAGAAGGACACCUUUCUUUCCGCCGAGCCUCUCGACUUCGGCUUCUCCAGGCCUGAUUUCCGCCAGGCUCCGCUUGUGGGGACGGUUGAUUAUUACCAGCGCCAUGUGUUUCUGUGCUAUAAGAACCCGGAUGUGUGGCCGCCCAGGAUUGAGGCGGCGGAGUUUGAUCGCUUGCCUAGGCUUCUUUCCGCGGCUCUUGCGGCGCGCAAGCCCUUCAUGAACAGACAUACACGUUUAACAAUAUGCGAGGGUCACGAUGGGACAGAGACAUCAAAUGGGGAUGUGUUGAUUUUUCCCGAUAUGAUUAGAUACAGGAGAUUGACUCAUUUUGAUGUUGACACGUUUGUGGAAGAAGUUCUUGUAAAAGACGGUGAAUGGCUACCUGGAACUCCUGAACCACUAAGAGGGUCAUACAUAUUUGUAUGUGCUCAUGGUACAAGAGAUCGUAGGUGUGGUGUUUGUGGACCUUCUGUAGUAGCAAGAUUUAAAGAAGAGAUAGAAUUACGUGGUCUUCAAGGUAAAGUCCAUGUCCGUCCGUGCUCACACAUUGGAGGGCACAAGUAUGCAGGCAAUGUCAUUAUUUUUGGAUCGACUAUUAGUGGAGAAGCGACUGGUCACUGGUAUGGGUAUGUUAUGCCAGAUGACGCACCUACUUUGCUUGAGCAGCAUAUCGAGAAAGGGCAAGUCGUGGAUUUGCUUUGGAGGGGACAGAUAGGAUUAUCAGAAGAAGACCAGAAGAAGUCUCAGGAAGUAAGACUUCAGUUAACUGGUGGUAAUAAUGUGGAAAAAAGCAAAAAUGAGACCUCACAGACAAUUGAGAUCAGUAGCAGUGCAUGUCGAUCUCAAGUGAAGGGUACUUGCUGUUACCAAACGAAUAGCAUCUCCCCUUCCUCGUGUUGUCAGGACCUACUUUUGCCUGAAAUAUCUUAUACUGCCGAACCAAGUGCGGAGACAACUACUACUUCUGAAAAGAGAAGUAAGAAACAGCCUUCCCGAAAUAAUAACUGCCAGGCGGCUCAUUCUCGCAAGGUGUGUGCCAUGCCAACAUGGAUUGAGAGCUGGGAACGUGAAGAUACCUAUGCUACCAUGGCUGUUAUAGGUGCGGCGGUGUCUAUUGUCGUUGCCUAUAAUUGCUACAAACAGCUAACGUAAGUUUAUGCAUCCAGCAACCGCUGAUGUCUCCUUUAAUCUCUGUAGCAUAGAAGGGUCCUCCAGGGGAAACCCCACUUGAAUGGUAGUUUUUGUAUAUGCACAAAGAAAAUGAGAGUUCAAUGUGUCCUGAUCUCACCUUGAAUUCUAUAAUACAUGAGUAAAUAUGUUUCCCAGCAUGCUCUUUGUUAAAAUCUUUGGCGCAGAGAACCUGUACCCGAUCAUUUCAAAUUGGAUGGAGGAAAUUGCAAUUGGUUUACAAAAGCAAAUAUGAAUAAAUUUUUUGUUUUGGUUUUAUCUGUAAUUGUAACUAAAUGUGAUCAUGUUUUAAAGAUUGUACAUUUUCUUGAAAAGAAAUGGAAUUGCAAAUUAAGUUAAUUUGUUA